AGCACACCAGAGGAGCCACCUGCCCCAGGCACCAGCUGCUCCAAGGAUGGGCUGCAGGACAGGGAUGUGGACGAGAACAAUGAGGUGUUUGAAGCGAUGAGGAAGGAAAACAGGGAAAGGAUCAUGGACCGAGACACACAGGGUAUGCUCAAGUCUCCAGUGCCUUUCCUUCUAGGGCACAGUCUCUCAAAGGAUGGCAUGGACUCUUUCAGCAAGCAUUUUGAGACCAUCAUGGAGUCCCAUAGAGCCAAAGGCACAUCUUACACCAGCCUGGACUCCAUUGACAUCCUUUCUUCCCCAGCCCGUACCCAUGGGACUUUUUUCACUUUUGACCUCCCAACCCUCACCCCAGAAAUACAGGGAAAAAUCCGAGACAGCGCCAAGGUGAUUGAGGAGAACUUUGCUCCUCUGGCUCACCUGGAGCCAGACUCUGGGACCAGUUCAGCCACAGAUGCCCCCUGGACAGAGAGGGAGGAGGAACGGGGGAGACGAAGGAAGGGCACUCGGCACAGCCCUUGCCACUCAGAGGACAGCUUUGGCACUCCCUUAGCCUCCAACACAAGCGACCGCCCCCAGAGCCAGCUGGUUUCAGACUCAGAGUCGGAGAUGGACAGUGUGGAGCAGCUGGCCCUGGGCAGCACGGACACCCUUUCCAAUGGACACAAGGCUGACCUGGAGGCUGCCAAACGCCUGGCCAAGAGGCUCUACAACCUGGAUGGCUUUAAAAAAGCAGAUGUGGCUCGCCACUUGGGGAAGAACAAUGAGUUCAGCAAGAUGGUGGCAGGGGAAUAUCUGAAGUUCUUCGUGUUCACAGGGAUGAGUCUGGAUCAGGCUCUCAGGUCCUUUCUAAAAGAGCUGGCCUUGAUGGGAGAGACACAGGAGCGAGAGCGAGUGCUGGCUCAUUUUUCCCAGCGCUACUACGAGUGUAAUCCCAAUGCCAUCUCUUCAGAAGAUGGAGCCCACACCCUCACGUGUGCCCUGAUGCUGCUAAACACAGAUCUGCAUGGACAUAACAUUGGGAAGAGAAUGUCCUGCUCCGACUUCAUUGGCAACUUGGAGGGACUCAAUGGAGGCACUGACUUCCCCAAGGAGCUGCUUAAGGCACUGUACGGCUCCAUCAAGAACGAGAAGCUGCAGUGGGCCAUAGAUGAGGAGGAGCUGAGAAAGUCCCUCUCGGAGCUGGCGGAUCCCAACCCAAAGUCCAUCAAACGCAUCAGCAGCUGCAGUAACCCCUUUCUGGACUUCUCCCAGGACUCCAGCAUUGCCACUUACAAGCACGGGCUGUUAGUCCGCAAGAUCCACGCUGAUCCCGACUGCAAGAAAACACCCCGAGGAAAGCGCGGCUGGAAGCCCUUCCACGCCAUCCUGAAGGGAAUGAUUCUCUACCUGCAGAAGGAGGAGUAUAAGCCAGGGAAGGCACUGGCAGAAGAGGAACUGAAGAAUGCUAUUAGCAUCCACCAUUCGCUUGCCACACGGGCAUCUGACUACAGCAAGCGACCCAAUGUCUUCUACCUCAGGACAGCUGACUGGAGGGUCUUCCUUUUCCAAGCACAGAACCCGGAACAGAUGCACUCAUGGAUCACGCGCAUCAAUGUGGUGGCAGCCAUGUUCUCUGCACCCCCCUUCCCCGCAGCCAUCGGCUCCCAGAAGAAGUUCAGCCGCCCGCUGCUGCCCAGCUCCUGCACCAGGCUGUCUCAGGAGGAGCAGAUGAAGAACCAUGAGACGAAGUUCAAGACAAUGUCAGCAGAGCUGCUGGAGCAUCGUUCUUCACUGCCUGAGAAGAAGGUGAAAGGCAAGGAGUACGAGGAGCUAAAGCAGAAAGAAGAGUACCUGGAAUUUGAGAAAUCCCGCUAUGGCACCUAUGCCAUGCUGCUGCGGGCCAAGCUGAAGGCUGGCUCCGAGGACCUGGCAGCAUUUGAGUCCACCCUCUUUGACACAGCGGGUGGGGAGGAUGAUGGCCUGAAAAAGUCCCGCUCCAGCCCCUCACUCAACGCAGAGCCCUCCAGCACGACCACCAAGGUGAAGCGCAACAUCUCAGAGCGCGCUGGCCGCCAGCCCCCUGGCCACCCCCAGAAAUCGUAAGUGUGGGGCCUCAGCUGCCUGCACUGCAGCUCUGUUCCUGUUCCCCCGGCACGGGGGUGGAGGCCGUGUGCCUGCCGAGACCCUGCAUGUGUCCAUCUGUCUGUGGCACGAGCUGGAGGGGGUAACAGCCCUUCUGCAGCUGCCAGCACCAGCCAUGCAGGGCCAUGGCCCCUCCACCGGAGACAGUGGCAGAGCAGGACGGUCCCCAGUCCUUGCCUGCAGGAGCUGCCUGGCCCCAUCAGACUUGUUCCUGCCCCUCCUUGUCCUUGCACUUGGAUGCAGGACCUACUCUUGCUGCCCUGGGGAGAGGGAACAAGUGAAAUCUACCCGCUGGGCUCAAUUCUUCAAUG